AGACAGCCAGUGUCCUUGUCGUCUACAGGUCUGUGUCGCAAACUUGAGCAUCUCUUUUAGUGUUGGAGAGCAGGAUGUGCAUUGUUUAAAAACGCUCCAUGGGUUUCUCUUUUUCUCACCAGUGAGCUCUUUUUUCAUCUUCAAUUAUAUUAAGAGGGAUUUUUUGGGGGCUAAGGGGAAAAAAAGUGCCCAGGCUUUUUGAGGUGAAGACUUUGGCACAGGGUCUCGGGAGUGAUGGCGGCGUCUGCACCCUCCUCCUCCUCCUCUGGUGGCGAACCGGAUCCCAACUCGACAAAUUUACGACCACCGGGCUCAAGCUAUGAUGCUUGGUGUGGAGUUGCUCAUGGAUGUACAAGAAAAUUGGGAAUGAAAAUAUGUGGAUUUUUGCAGAAGAACAACAGCCUGGAGGAAAGGAGCAGGAUCGUAAGUUCCCUCAAGGAGCGCGCAGCCAAGAACCUGCUCUCCUGCGAUAACAGCGGCGGAGAAGCGCAUUUCAGACGCACAGAGACCGACUUCUCCAACCUAUACGCCAGAGAGCUGUUGCCUGCUAAAAAUGGAGAGGAGCCGACCAUGCAGUUCUUGCUCGAGGUUGUGGAAAUCCUCACCAACUAUGUCCGGAAGACCUUUGACAGAUCCACAAAGGUCCUGGACUUCCACCACCCUCACCAGCUGCUGGAGGGUAUGGAGGGCUUCAACCUGGAGCUGUCCGACCAGCCUGAGUCCCUGGAGCAGAUCUUGGUGGACUGUAGGGACACCCUGAAGUACGGAGUGAGGACAGGACAUCCAAGGUUCUUUAACCAGCUGUCCACUGGUUUAGACAUUGUUGGGCUGGCAGGAGAGUGGCUCACCUCUACAGCCAACACAAACAUGUUUACCUAUGAGAUAGCACCUGUCUUUGUACUCAUGGAGCAGCUGACGCUGAGGAAGAUGAGAGAGAUCAUCGGCUGGCGUGAUGGAGAGGGCGAUGGAAUAUUCUCUCCAGGAGGAGCAAUCUCCAACAUGUACAGUGUGAUGAUUGCAAGAUACAAGUUCUUCCCUGAAGUUAAGACCAAAGGCAUGGCAGCAGCACCCCGACUGGUCCUCUUCACGUCAGAGCAUAGUCAUUAUUCCAUCAAGAAAGCCAGUGCAGCUCUGGGCUUCGGGACGGAGAACCUGAUCCUUUUGAACACAGAUGAGAGAGGGAGAGUCAUUCCUGCAGAUUUGGAGGCCAAAGUAAUAGAAGCCAAGCAGAAGGGCUACGUUCCCAUGUUUGUGAAUGCCACUGCUGGUACCACAGUCUACGGAGCCUUCGAUCCCAUCAAUGAAAUCGCAGACAUCUGUGAAAAGUACAACAUGUGGCUACAUGUGGAUGGUGCAUGGGGAGGAGGUCUGCUCAUGUCCAGGAAGCACAGACACAAGCUGAACGGAGUAGAGAGGGCCAACUCAGUCACCUGGAACCCCCAUAAAAUGAUGGGAGUGCCGCUGCAGUGCUCUGCCAUUCUGGUCAGAGAGAGGGGAUUACUACAAGGCUGCAACUCCAUGAGCGCUGGAUACCUCUUCCAGCCGGAUAAACAGUACGAUACCAUGUAUGACACAGGUGACAAGGCCAUUCAGUGUGGACGCCAUGUCGACAUCUUCAAGUUCUGGCUCAUGUGGAAGGCAAAGGGAACGGAAGGAUUUGAACAACAUAUUGACAAGUGCCUGGAUCUGUCAGCUUACCUCUACAAUAAAAUAAAAGACAGAGAUGGUUAUGUGAUGGUAUUCAAUGGAGAGCCACAACACACAAAUUUGUGUUUCUGGUAUCUUCCACCGAGCCUGCGCAGCCUGCCUGAUGGUGAAGAGAGGCGGGAGAGGUUGCACAAGGUCGCACCAAAGAUCAAGGCGAUGAUGAUGGAGUCUGGGACGACGAUGGUGGGCUACCAGCCGCAAGGAGACAAGGUCAACUUCUUCCGCAUGGUCAUCUCCAACCCUGCAGCUACCCGGUCAGACAUCGAUUUCCUGAUAGAGGAGAUUGAGCGACUUGGGAAUGACCUGUAAGAGUUACAGCUAAAUCACCUUUGACCCCCUAAACAUUCAUCUUUCAGGACUCAGGAAAGCCAUGAGCUUGGCUUUGAGUCCCAUCUGUUUGACAGAAACAUCAAAACUUUUGCUUUCAGGUCUUUUUCUGGCUACGCAAAACAAAAAAGAUGCCCUGUGUGUCUCAUAUUUUCCACCUCUGUCGUUAGCAGUGAUGACAUAUAUUCAAAAAGUUUGCACACAUGGUCAUCUGAGUAAAAAGGACACAGCUCAAAACUGGAGAGAAUAAGAAAAGCACACUGGUAUUGUUGCAAAACCCUACAUUAACACAAAACAACAAAUAAAAUGUAACUAUAUGCAGUUAUCUUACAUGGGACAAUGAUGCUGCAAGAAUAUCUGCACACUGGAAUGAUUCCUCUGAUACAAAAUAUGUCAAGUCACUGUUGUACUUUAUCAAGAUCAGUAUAAAAACAGAAUGAAACCAAGAUAUUUUUUCACACUUAACAGAGCACAAUAUAGGAAACCAUAUAUGAUUGACACAAACAGUAUAAAUGUAAAAUAUAUACAUAAAUAUAUGAUGUACUGACUGUUGGUGCUUCAUGUCGUCUAUGUAAUUAUCGAGCCUGAUGCACCGCCACAUUGUACCCUAGCUGUUCUUCUCUUUGAUAUUACAUAGGUGGAAAUAUUUCACACAGAUCUGUACCUGACUGCUGUGUUUUUAGAGAUCUUUGUGUAGAUUGUGUAUAGUAUUGUUACAUUGCCUUUGUGCCAAAUGUGUCCUAGUUUUACAGUGAGAAAAUCCUAUAUGUAAAUGGACAAUACCGUAUAGUGUGUAAUAGAUAAAUCACUUUAUUUGUAAGCAGAGAUUAUAAUUGUGAAUAGGUUACCUGCUGUCCAUUUGUAAUGUAUCCUCUUUCCUAUUGGGAAACUGUAUUAUAUCACAAUGUUUUCAAUAAUGUUGAAGUCUUUUAGUGUGUUUGUGAACCAAAGAGGGGUUAAGUUGCAUUUAUCAACAUGUACACUGACCUGAUUCUCCCUGAUAGAUGCUUUCAGACAGUUGUAUAAGAACACAUAACUUCCCGCCCUUAACUUUUGUGCAAUCUAUGUUGUGUAACUGUGCAAUGUCGUUGUGAUUCACUGACUGAAUGUUGUUGUGACAGAAGAGGGAGGUAGGACUGGCAGUGCAGCUCCUGCUGCUGGUGCGUUAUUAGUAAUUUAAGAGCACAAUGCUGGAGCAGCUUUUAUUCUAUGGACAUAUGAUUGUCUAAGUGUUAAGUGAAGUAAAGCUAUUAUAUGCAAAUUUAGUUUGUCUUUAUGAAUUCUAUAGGCACACUCUUAUGUUGAGAAAACAAUCUGAGAAGCUGGCUUUAUUCAUCUGUUAAGAAUUGAGCUUGAGUAAUGAAAUGCACAGUGUUUGCUACUGGAAUAAGAUUUAUUUAUUGUAAAAUUGUACAUUCCUGAAUUAGUGGGAUGAACAUUCCCUUGUUACAUUUAUUGUAGGCACUUUAACUUCACGCCAUCAUUUGCAUAGUAUUACAGUUGUAUCCACAGCACUAAUAAAGACAUGAGCUGUAAAA